GAACCAUUAAGAGGCUGAAACAAACAGUCUAAACCAUUAAGUGCUGAACCAUUCAGACAUCUGAACCAUUAAGAGGCUGAAACAAACAGCCCCUAAAGUGUAAAUCAAGGACGACACAGUACCAAAACACCCUCAAUAUAUAAAUACACGUACCCAAGUAGUCAUCCAUCAACCCUAGCUAGCUGGUCAAUUCAAGAAUGAAGAUGAAGGGAGCCUAUUAUCAUCUCCUUCUCAACUGCCUCUUGCUUGCCGCCGCCGCACUGCUCAUCUCCGGCGGCUUCAACAAUAAUAUUCCGUCGUCGGUUCAAGCACGGCCGGUUCUUGAUAAUAGUGGAUGGGAAAUGAGGAAGUUAUGGUCAGCCCCCAUUCCACCAUCUGGACCAAGCCCAGGACCUCCAAACGGUCUUUGAAGGGCUGAAGGCCAUAGAUAUAUAUGGAUAAGCUGAGCUGCAGGAACGGGCUAUAUAUAUGUCUGUGGGUUUUAAUAUUCCACUAAUAUAUGUCACGUAACGUACGUACCUACUCCUGCAUGCAUAUGUGCAUGGGGUAUGUAUCGUUAGUUAUAUAUUGUUGAGGAAUUUACUUAAAUAGCAUUAAAAUAUAAUGACUUUCUCUAU